GUUCCCACCAUAAAAUUUGGCUUUUGGACAAGCAGUAUUUCAUACAUUCAUGAGGGCCACCUUUAAGAAGCGCGGAGCUAGCCUCUCUCGAACAUCGAUCCCGGCUUGUCGCCGCUGUGUUGGACCUCGUCAUGGUUUAUCUGGCACACGAUCUCCAAAUUCCUCGCUCGCCCCAUAUUCUACAACCUCGAAUCCAAACCGCUCUCCUGCUGUGGUCACUGCGUCUGUGUCUCCUGCUAACAUCCCCAUAUUUGGGCCCUUUUCCAAAUCUGAUGCACCAGUCACCAACCAACUGUUUCGCACGUUACCUCCAUUGACUGUUCUUCCCACCCCGCUCCCUGAGGAUGCAAAUUCACCAAUUGACGGUCUCUACUUCCCUCGCUCACAGUUCCAGGAAACCAUGAACAUUAUUGAUGCAUGCUUAUAUAAUUGCCAUGAUGUGCGACGAGCUCAAGCUUUGCUGCAUGGUAUGCGCCAAGGCGUCCGCACCAAUCCGGACGCUCCUUCCAUCGAUGUCUCUGUAUAUAACAAGUUUAUAUCUGCUUACAUCAGAAUGGCCUCUGAUCAUCAGCCUGAAAAGAGAGAAGAUUGGAUUAAGGAGGCUUGGGAUUUGUAUCACCAUUGUAUUAACGAUGGAGUUGCACCUGACGCCACUACCUACGCAUUCGUGCUUGUUAUGUUGGCAAGGUUUUCGCCAUCCAUUCUUGCGGUGGAACCCAACACACAUUCACUCACUUUUGAAGAUAUUCUUUCCCAAGCUAAUGCAAAACAUGUCGCCAUCUCAGACAUUCUCCUCCAUAUACAGUCCCAGUUUGAGUCGCAGGCUGAGAAGGACAUCAUUCUAACGCGUAUGGGUCAAUGGGCCGUGCAGGAAGGCGUUCACUCCAGUGUGUUAAAGGACCUGAACUCAUUCAAGGAGGCCGGGAAUGUGACCGAAGACCCUGUUGCUGCUUUUCCCCACGUUCGACCAGUAGUGAAACCCGACCCGGAACUUCUUGGGUAUCGGUCCAAGAAGAGAGAGAUUGACGAGGACACGGCAAUUGGUAUGGAUCUAGACAGGGAAGACCAGACAUCGAGCUUUAAUUUGGACACCCUUCGAAGCAAUCUUGACGAAGUGCUCGCAGCACGACGAGCGCUCCCUCAGGAUGCUGCUACACGCCAGCGCUUGCUAGAAAUGUCUGCCGUCGAUGCCGCUGCUGCGCGAAUGAAACAUGACGCAGAACGUUUAGAGGCUCAGGGUCUGAAGUCCGCCACAGCGACGAAGAAAGCUUCGCUGAGGAGAUGGAUGUGGGAGUGGUACGAGGCAUUAUAUCCCAGAAUUGAAGCCGAAAUCAAAGGCAUCAUGGCGGAGCCAAAUAAUGCGGGUAAAUCCAGGGUUCAAAAGACCCAUUUGUUGCCUUUUUUGACUUUAUUGAAGCCGAAAAAGCUCGCGCUUCUUACAAUCAUGGAAAUCUUGCGACUUUAUGGCACUGGCGGCAUCGCCGAAGGAAUGAAAACUGCUCGGGCACUCAUUUCGGUUGGCAUCGGUGUCGAAAUGGAGCAUAAUGCGCAAAUCAAGAAACGGCAUUACUAUCGAACAAGGGAGCAUGGUGGAAGUCAUGCCUCCUCUGACCCUCUAAAUGAACACUCAGGUUCGAGUGACGAAGGAUUAGAAGCUAUCAGGGCUCGGCGCGAUUUAGCUCGGGAACAAGCGAAGCGAGAAGCCGCUUGGAGCGAGCCGUGGUCUCAGGCUAUUAGGAUUAGGGUUGGUAGCAUUUUGGUGGAUGCAUUAAUGGACUCUGCAAUGGUUACUCGCCAUACCACAGACCCUAGAACCGGGAUGCCAUACUCUGAAGAGCAACCGGCGUUUAAUCAUAGUUACGAAUAUGUCAGAGGGAAAAAAUUGGGUGUGAUCAAACUCAAUCCUGAAGUUGCAAAGCACUUUGCUGAGACUGGCACACACGCUACACUUCACCCUCGCCACCUACCUAUGCUUGUACCACCACGCCCAUGGGUUAGCCAUGAUAAUGGCGCGUACUUGUUUAAUAAAAGCAGUGUUAUGCGCAUAAAGGGCUCUCAUGAGCAAUUGCUUUAUCUUGCCGAGUCGUCGAAGGCAGGCCACCUCGAACUCGUCUAUUCCGGGCUAGAUGUUCUCGGAAGCACCCCAUGGGUCAUCAAUCAAGAUGUCUUUGGAGUCGUCUUGGAAGUUUGGAACUCUGGACAUGGGUUAAGAUCGAUCCCGCCUGCUGUGCCGGACGUGCCAGAUCCAGUGAAACCCCCAGAUAUGGAUACCAAUAAUGCCGCUAAGAGUCGUUACAUUCAGGAAGUGAAAGAUGCCAUCAAUGCUCGUAGGAACAAUCACUCUGAGCGAUGCAGCGUGAAUUAUAAGCUCGAGAUUGCGCGUGCAUUUGUCGCAGACAAGUUUUAUUUGCCUCAUAAUAUCGACUUUCGUGGACGGGCUUACCCUAUUCCUCCCCACUUGAAUCAUGUUGGGGAUGACCUAAGUCGGGGGCUGUUGAAGUUCGCGGAGAGGAAACCCCUUGGCACUGCUGGUUUGCGGUGGCUUAAGAUCCAUCUGGCUAACCUUUAUGGAUAUGAUAAAGCAAGUUUCGAUGAGCGGGAGACCUGGGUUAUGGAAAGACUGGAUGCCAUAUAUGAUAGCGCCUUGAAACCACUGGAGGGGCAUCGAUGGUGGCUCAAAGCAGACGACCCAUGGCAAUGCUUGGCAACAUGCAUGGAGUUACGUGCAGCCCUUGACUCUCCCGAUCCGCUCUCGUUUGAAUCCAACCUCCCUGUCCAUCAAGAUGGCACUUGCAACGGUUUACAACACUACGCGGCAUUGGGUGGUGACAAAGUGGGGGCACAACAAGUCAAUCUUGCAGUGACAGAUCGUCCAUCGGAUGUUUACUCCUAUGUUGCAAAUAUGGUCGAAAAGCAAAUUGAUGAUGACGUGGCGAAGGGGAAUGAGCUGGCCAAGAUGCUUCAGGGAAAGGUAUCGCGUAAGGUUGUCAAGCAGACGGUCAUGACAACUGUCUAUGGCGUGACUUUUGUCGGUGCAAGAGCCCAGAUCGAGAAACAAUUACGCGAUCGUGGGGACGUUGACCGGAUGAAGACUUGGGAUGCAUCAAACUAUCUCGCCAAGAAGACCCUAGGAUCGAUUCAGGAUCUCUUCUCUGGUGCCAAGGCAAUUCAAGAUUGGUUACAUUUUGCAGCAAAGUUGAUAGCUAAAUCUGUUCCUCCCAAUCGGCUCGAGGAUGCGCAAAAAAUAGGCGUCUCAAAGAAUGGGAAGUAUGAACCACGUUCCCACCGCGAAAUGAUGACCAGUGUCAUCUGGACCACACCUAUGGGACUGCCCAUCGUCCAACCUUACCGGAAGCUGAAGCGAAAACAGAUUAUAACUGGUGUGCAAAGCGUAUACAUUAGUGACCCGAGCGUUCCGAGUGAAGUCAAUCCGCUGAAGCAAAGCUCGGCUUUCCCUCCCAACUUUAUUCACAGUCUGGAUGCCACUCACAUGAUGUUGACUGCCCUAGAGUGUAGAAAAGAGGGGUUAACUUUUGCCUCAGUUCAUGACUCAUACUGGACUCAUGCGUCUAGUGUGCUCAAAAUGUCUCAAAUCAUUCGUGACACUUUUGUCCAGCUCCACUCCUCGGACUUGAUGGGACGGCUGUUACAAGAGUUCACGACUCGGUACGAAGGCCAUGCCGUUCCCAUAAUACAUCUAAGUGAUCGCGAAGUUGAGCGUAUCAACGAGUCAUCUGAUGUUCAGAUUAUCCGCCGUCCUUACAGCGUUGCAGGAAGACGCCGAGUCGCAGCAAAAUCCCGGAAAAUGCUCGAGGAUGAGGAUGACCAUGAAGUCAAUACGCUUGAGGCGGAUACAGAGUUAUCUAUGGAUGACUUGCAAGCACCUGUAGAAGUACAACCUGCUUCCGAAUCCGUCACUGCCAAGCUAGAGUACAAGCUUGGUCGAUUUGGCGGCCUGCCAGCCCACAAGCAAUUUGUGCCAUUGCAAGCUCUGCUUCCGAAACUGCCUGCCAAAGGGAAUUUCUCCGUAGAAACCAUUAGAAAAUCGUUAUAUUUCUUCUCCUAAUUCACAAGCAGGCGCUUAAUUUCCUUCAUGGCUUUGUCCCUUGCUCACCUGCUUACGUCCUAAUUCCAUCCCAUCGCCCCGAUUCCGUUGUCAAAUUCAUUCACCAAUUGCUUUGCUUUUUAUGCACGAUCACUCGCAAAUAAUCUUCCCUCGACUAUUCAUUUAUGUUGUAAAUUGGUUUCUUGCUGUUGCUUAAUUCGUAGAAUAUAUGAGGC